AUGCCUGCCUCCCCCGCUGCGAGGCGAGGCGCUCUCCAGCGUGCCGGCGCAGACAGUGUCCCUUUGUCUUUUUCUUCCGUCUCCUCCUCGCAGCCAAAGUCUGCUGGCCCUCCGCGCCUCUUUGAGUAUUUUUCCUCCGCUCGGUUCUUCCGUGUCAGUGCGCGUGGCGCGUCUCGCUCGAAGUUGCUGUCGCCUCUCCUCUUGCUUCUGAUCCUUCUCGCCGCGCCUCUUCUCUGGACGUCUCUCCCCGCUCCUCAGACUCGCCCUCCGCUGUUCGUCUUCCCGGGUGUCUCUCAGGCGUCCGCCGCGCCCAGAGGCCAGCCGGAACUCAAGAUCGGCCCGGCCCAGGUUCUCCUGCCUUCGCCUGCUCCGGCGCCCGAUCCGCGCGUCCCUUCGCCGGCUCUCUCUGUCCGCACUCUCCUGAUUGUCGAGCAGAAUGGCGCGUCUCUCUCCUCUCCUCCCUGCUUCUACUGGACUGCACAGCACCCCGACCUCAUCCGUCUCCUACACCCGGACUGCUCCCCCUCUCAGCCCUCUUCGGCGUGUUUCCUUCCCUCUGCCUCCCUCUCUGCGGCCGGCGACGGCGCGCCCGCCUGUCUCCCGCGCGUGCUCGUGGAGGCCUCCCCACACACGCACCGUCGCGGCCGGUCGUGGAUCUUCGCCACGCCGGCUGCGCAGCCCAACGCGGGGAGACAGGUGUCUCCAACCUCGAUGCGCGUGCAGGCGGUCGUGGCCCCUAUCACGCGCCUCGCCUUCCGGACGCGCGAUCGGCGCCUCGCCGUCGGCCAGUUGGGCGACGUCGGCGUCCUCGCCUUUGACGAAGAAGGAAACAUCUUCACGAGUCUACAGGGUCUGGUUUUCCUCUGGCGAUUCGAGGGCGAGCGGGGCAUUCUGCAGGCCGAGGACAUCUCCAGCGACGCCGAGGCAGCCACACCGACUCGAAGGUGGGUGGAGCGAACGAGCGAGAAGGCCGCGGGCGGUGUCCACGCACCCGAGAGCGCCGCUGCGCGCGUCGGCUCGACGGGAAGCGCCGGGGCAUUCUGGCGCAGCGACAUGCUCCUGGUCCGCGGGCUGAAGACGGGGAAGGCGACGAUCAUUGUCCGCCUCGCUGGCGAGCACUACCAGCACGUGGGCGAAGCCCGCGUCUCGUUUGUGGUCCACGAACCCGUGAUGCUUCUCCCCUCGUUUCAAGUCCUGCCGCCGGCCGCCGUGUACCAGUACCGUCUCCUGCGCCUCCGCGAACGCACCGAAAACGCCAGUGGAAGUCCGGAGGACAGUUUCGCGCUGUCCCCACACUCGCGCGGGCCCUCGUACGUCUCCCUGCCCUCGCCCCACUGCAAAUUCUCUGCGGUCGACUUGGCCGUCUACGACGCGCAAGAUCGACUGCCGCUCGCGCGCGCCGCCGACGCCGCUUCGUCCUCCCUCGUCUCCAUCGAUCCCUCUGGGCUCCUGCGCGUCGAGUCUCCGCCGGAAUUCCCCGGCGAGGGCGUGCAGGCGACGCGGUUCGGGCUCGAGGGCGCGAGUCUCCUGCGGGCCGUGGACACGCGAACCGGCGAGGAGCAACACGCAGAAGUCCUCGUCUUGGUGCCGUCCGCGCUCCGCCUCUUUGUCGACGACGUCCAGGCUCUCGAGCCCCAGGCGGUGUGGAGACAGCUGUUGCUGGCCGUUCGGAAGCAGGUGAGGAACCUCGGCGGCGGCCAGCAGGGUGACGAGGCGCAGAGCCGCGACCUUCUUCUCUCCAAGCUGGUGGAGCGUGCGUGGGGUCGUGGGGACUUGCGGUUCGACAAGAAACUCGACGAAGGUGACGCGCUGGGCGCGCCGCCAGCCGAGCUGGUGAUGAGUCUGGUGAAGACCAGCUCCCGACGAGGAAGCGAGGACGAAGAGGAAGAGGGCGAAGCGGUUCUCUACCUCGUGCGGGGCACAGAGUACCUUUGCAAGGUCGAGAUGCUGGCUCGCCGCUUGCCGCAGGGACUCGGUGGGCGGGGCGAAGCGAGCGGGACCGCGGGCGAGGAGGAGCUGACAGAACCCCAGCACGCCCCGCCUGGCGCCGACACGAGCUUCGAGAACCGCUCGACGCAGGACCAAGACGACGCGCAAUUCCUCGUGGUGUCCACGCCGAAAAACGCUGCGUUCCACUGGAUCUGCGAGAGCGAAGAAGACGAGGACUCGGAGACGGGCGAGAGCGAGCGCGACCGCGAAACUGCCUUCGAAAGAGACAACUGCGGACUCCAAAGAAAAGGCAGCGGCCAACAGUUCCUCGCGUGGUUUUCGGCGACACGACGAUCGCAAGGGCGCCUGACCGCCUCGCUCCUCCACGUCGGUUCGCGGUCCGGAGGCGCGAAGGCUUUCUGGCAGCCGCCCGUGCCGCUCUCGCUUUCUCUCCGAUUCCGCGUCGUCGAUCCAGUCUUUCUGCUCUUUUUCCCGCACCCGCGCGAGGAGACAGGAGACGCCGUCAGACUGUCUACCGAGCAGCCGCUUCUUCUCCCACCGCUCCACUCGUUCGAAGUAGAGCCCUGGGGAGGCUCCGGCUCGUACACCCUGACGUCGGAUUCUCCUCUGAUCUCGGUCCAGCGCCUGCCGCCGUCUCCUGCGGCGCCGCCCUUCUCUUCGUCUGGACUCCUCGGGCCUCUGUCGUGGGGCGACAAUCCGCGAGCGCCGCGCGCCUCUUCCGACUCGCCUCGCGUGAGGUUCCGCCUCGAGAAUCGCGCCCGAAAUUCUGGGGACGGAAAGGCAGCUGGGAAGGCCCGUGGAGGCGCGCAUGCGACUGGGGCCGCUGUGCUUCGCCUGCAAGAUGCUCGUCAGCCACAGAACGUCUUCGAGUUCCUCGUCGUCGUCGCGGAACCAGAGAGAGUCGAGGUCUCCGUCGACACCUUCCUCAUUCGCCAGAGUGGGAAGGCGACAAACGAGCACGGCAGAGACAGCCGACGGGGCGCCUUGCGAGAAGACCGAAGAAACGGAGACGCCUCCGGCCAGAUCCGCGACGACGUCACACACGCAAUCGCAGUCGUGACGGCUUACGCGCGCAUCCCGCCAAUGCUCGCUCUGCCUCCCAAGGUCGCCGAGUGGCUGUCGCGCUCGUCCCUCUCUUCGUCGCGGGCGCCGUCUCUCGACAGCGCAGCUCACGCCGUUCGCCAAGCUGCGUCAGACUGGAGCACAGAACUCGAUCGCGCGGAUGAGCGCGCCUGGCUGUCUCGACACCCUUUUCACCUCCACCCUCUCCAGUUUGCGAACUGCACGAACUUGCUUCCUGCGGCCGGAGAGAAGCGAGAAGACCGACGCUUCUGGACGAACAGUCCAGAAAUCUUGAUGAUCAGCGAGCUGCGGCCAGCGCUCCCGUACACGUGCGGCGUUUUCCGGCUGACCGGCAAGGCGCCAGGUUCUGCUCGGUUCUUUUUUUCGCCCUCCGCCUCCUUGACUGCAGGGGUGACUGUCGACGUCUUUCCUCCUCUGGAGGCGUGGGUGGUUUUGGAUCGUCUCUUCCUUCCACUUCCCUUUUCGUCGCGGGCGCCGCCUCACCGAGCUCUGCAUGCGUCGUCCUCUGCCUCCGCGGGAGUGUCGAGUGCGAGUGAAGGCGACACCGCCGGCCCCAAAGGCUCUCGCUUCGAACCUCAGCGCCUCUCGCCUCCCUCGGCUUGCCAGGAGUGCGCCUCGCCGCUCCUGUACAGCGCGCCUGUCUCCUCCGUGGCGUCUUAUCACCCGGCGGUCGCAUAUUCGCAAGAGAACGGCGAGACACCGCGCGAAGAAAUCCUGACUCUCGCCGUGGGCUCCUCGCUCACCUUCUUCACCAAAGGCGGACCGCCGGCCAGACCUGCGCUGUACACGCAGCACUACACGGGCGAACUCGAGAGCGACGCGUCUCCGAACGCCUCUCUCCUGGCAAUUGCAAACGAAAACCGAGACGUCCUGCGAGUCGUCUGUGUCCACCCAGGCACUGUCCCCGCCAGAGUGAUCAUGGAAAUGACCAACCGCCCCAGAGAAGGCGUCGACGUGGACGCGGUCUCGACUUCGGUCCGACUGGCCAUUGUCUGCUCGAUUCCGCACCGCCUCGAAAUCUUCACCCUGCCUUCUUUUUCGACGCCGACCGCGGCCGUCGCUUCGCCCAAGCCAGUGACUCUGGCGUCCUUCCCAGUCUCCCCGUCGGCGGCGGCCGCCCCACAGGUGUCUCCAGUGUCUCCAGUGUCUCCGCUUUCUGCACCCACACUCUUCCUUCGCUGCGGAGCGACGCAUCGUUUCCUCGCGGUCGCCUAUGACGCCCACGGCCAGCCAGUGGUGAACGCGACGUCCUUCUCGGUUUCGACCGAUUCGUGGAACCUGACCAGAGACGGCAGAUUUCCCCCGGCGGAGACUGGAGAGGCCAGUGGCGAGUCAGGCGCGGGGCGCGUCUCUCUCGUUUCCUUCUUUGAAGAUUUCGAGGCGAUUGGAAGCCGCGGGACCGCGCGGAGCGAAGCCGUCGCGGUUCAGGUGGCCCCGUCGUCCUGCUGCGGGGUGUUUGCGCUGUCUGCACACCUGACGUGGCCCACGGCCGACAGCGUGGUGACCGAGCCGGCUCUGCGCGGAGAGGACCGAGCGGUGCUCGUGAAGGCUCUGCGUGAAGCUCGCGAGGCUCUUCGAGGCGAGGCCCAGACAGCCAAGGCCUCCGCAUGGCGCGCCGACCGCCUCGCAGCCAGCCUUUCUCUGGUCGUCCUGCCGCCUCCGCGUUUCCUCGCUCCGCACGCGUCGUUUCUCCCGGGAUUCUUCCCGCCUCAAAGAGAGCGGACUCCAGCGCCCAUCCGCCUGUUCUACCACCCCGGUUUGGUGUAUCGCGUGCUGCUUCAGUUCGCGUCGCCGCACAGUCAACUGAAAGUCUUGCCUGUGGGGUCUGAACUCUCCCCUCCGUUCGCGGUAUACACGGAGACACCGGGGUCGGCGCUUUUGACCGAGCACACGCAGGCGGCGUUCUUCUCGGGGCUGUCUCCCGAGGCGACACUGAGGCGUUUUGCCUCGCUCUUUCACGCUUCCACGGAACCCCAGGGCGGCCCCAUCGCCCCUUCCGGCAAACAGCGCGGCAGCGCACAUUUCCUAACCCCACAAGACGGCCUGGACGUCACCACGCUUGUUCUCGCCGCGUCUCGGGCGCAGCGCGACGCCGCGGUGUCUCCGCUCUUCCGCCUGCCGCCUCCGUUCGCGUGGCCCGGAAACGGGCGCGUCUGCUCGCCGGCGUGCCCCGUCACGGAGCAGGAAGUUUUCAUUCGUCCGCCGUCGGCUGCUGGAGGUUUGACGCGCGAAGCCGAUGCGCGAGAUACCCGCGGGCCAGUCGUUUCGGGGCGCCUGGUGGUGGACGACACCGGCGUGCUCGGAGACACCCAGGCGCAGGAAGAAGGGACCAAGGGCCAAGCGCCACCUGCUGUCGAUCUCCAGUUCUUCAGCGUGGCGCGGCUCACACUCGCGGUCUUGCCUCCCGAGACGCUGCUGACUCGAAGCGCGCGCGGCUCACCUGGCCGGGAGGAGCAAAGAAAAGACUGGAUCCAGGGAGACUGGGGAGAGAUCGAGAAGGGGAAAACCUACGGCGUGAAGGUGGCUGCGUUCGCUGCAGACGGCGAACGUUUGGACCCUGCGUUUUACCGCGCCAUGGAGCUGGCGUUGAAGAUUUCCAGGAAGUCGAAGCGCGACUCGGGAGCAGAGGAGGCUGUGCCGGCGGCCUCAGGGAGACCCGAAGACGACGACGCCAGCGAAGGCGCUGCCGGUCGCGCGACGGGCUGGUUGUACGUCCAGCGCGCAGAGUUUGACGAACAAGAGGAGGCGCGACCGAACUUUCCCCCGCAGUCGGUCUCCGAGGCAGAGAUCUCUGCAGUCGCCUCGUUCAGCCCCGCCGCGGGAGGGUUCGGCGCCUUCCCGGCUCUGCGCGGCGAGGCUGCUUCCGAGCUCCUCUGGAAGACGGAGGUGCGGAGGCUCUUCGCGGAGAGCCCGUGCGGGGGCGGAGACGCCGCGCAGCCAAGCCGCGACGACUGUCCCGACUUCUUCUUCUACGUCGACGGAUUCGAACCGGACACGGAACUCCUUCUCUCAGUGGAAGCGGUGAACUGGGCCGCGCCGCCCGCGUCUCGCAGCGCCGCGUCUGCACUCGCUGCGCAAGCGGGUCGACUGGCGGUGAGCGCCGAGAUGUCCCUCGCCCUCUACCCGCCGCUCAGGGUCUUCCCCGCCUCGCUCGUUCUGCUGCCGGGAGGACACUCGCUGCAGCUGACUGUCCGCGGCGGCCCUCGGAGACGCCGAGGCGACGCGCGCAAACUCGACGGCGUGCCUCAGUCGAGCGCAGUGCGUAGGUGCGAGAGCUCGGACGCGGCCGUCGUCGCGGCGCGGGUCGGGCAAAGAGACUCAGGACCCGUCGCGCGAGAAGAGGGAGACGAGACAGCGAGCGGAGACAGCUGGGACGCGUUUCCGGUGGUCGAGUUGCUGACGGGAGAAGAAGGCCAAGCAGUGCUGACGGUGCAUGCAGGGGACCAGACUGCAGACGGUUCGCCGCCCGCUGCGUCCGCGCCGAGCCAGUCCCGUUUCCUUCAACUGCGGCGCGCCGCAGCGACUGUGGAAGUUGUCGUAGCGCUGCCGGCUCGAGUGGUGAUCGCGCAGCGGUCGCCGGUGCCGGGAGGCAACGGAUUCGUCUCCGCUCACCAGGAGCGCCUGGUCCAGAACCUCCAGAGGCUACGCUUCGGCGCGGAGUUGGCAACCUCCAGCGCAAAUGCAAACACACACGAAGAACCGUUCGCGCACCGCGCUGACGCGCCUGUCCAGCUCGGCGUCGAUCUGACACAGAAGCUCCACGCCUUCCUCUACGACGCGGAGGGAAGAGAAUUCAACUUUGGCCAUCUUGCUGCGCCCACCGGGGAUGUGGCGGGCGUCGGCGUCGACCGGGAAACUUUGGAGGGGCGGCGGCGGCUUGAGCAGUUCGGGCCUUUCGCCGCGCUCCCGCCGGCGGCCGCGUCGCUGUGUACGUACACCUGGCGCGUGGUGGACGGGGAGACCUCUGCCGUCGGUCUCUUGGACCCGAACGCCGUGGAGUUGGCGGCGACUUGCGAGGCCAAGCCUCUCAGGCCGUGCGCCUUCUCCGCCCUGCCGCUGCCUGCGGCUGCUGCCGCGCUGCGACGCUCGGUUUCUGGAGGCAUGCCGAGUAUCACGGUCGUCGGGUUGCGCGAAGGGACAGCUCGUCUGCGCCUCGGUGUCGAGUGCGCGCCGAGGCGAAGGGAGCCCGGACGCCCGGUGAAAAAAGUCGUCCUGGAGACAGAGGUCUCCAUCGUGGUGUCAGCGGUGCCGCUCUUCUCGACCCUCGCCACGUCCUCGGCGCUUCUUGAGUCGCCUUCUCUCUCUUCGGACGUCGCCCUCGGUCGCGCCGCCCUGUCGGCCUUCCGGGCUUGGAAGCCUGCAGGCCCGGCAUGGUGGUACGGUCUCUUUGCUUCGUCCUCGGCGCUGCCGUCGACGCUGCUGGCCGCGCCUGCGUCGGAGUAUCGCAUGCCUUGCUGUCGCGUGCGUCUUCUGCCGGACGCGUCUUCCCAAGAGGCGUCUUGUCCGUGCGCGUCGGAGGGCGUGCGCCGAGAGCAAAAGCAAACUGAAGCAAACCCCUCGCCGGCGACAUGCGCGUGUGCAGCCUCUCCAAACGCGAAACCUCUUGAGGUUCUUCCUGGCGAAGGCGGCUUUCUCACCUCCCCCGCCGUCGCUUCCACUCGGCUGCAAAUCGAGGUGCGGCCUUCUCGCGGCGCGUCUUUCGCUGCGUCCCAGAGCGGCUCAGAGGCGAGCGCAGGAAAAGAGAUAGAUGCGCGGCGCCGAGACGCUUCCUGGCAGGUCACCCGCGUCGACGUGGUGGCGGUCGCCAGCGUGGAACUGCGCGUGCCGACGCGAACGAUGGAGCGAGCUGUCCGACAACGCGGCGAGAUCGUUUUGAAAGACGCAAAGGGUCGCGUCAUCCUCCCGCCCACCGAUUUAAGAAUCGAUGUGUUCUCCUCGCACACAUCUGUCGUCGCGGCCGAGGUGGAGACGCGCGACGCGAGACAUCCUUUCGGACCUCCGACGGUAGUGUUGCAAGCGUCGAGCGCACAGUCGGGAUGCGCCGCCGUCACGGUCUUCCUUCUCUCGCCGGCCUUCCUCUCCGACACAGUCCGCGUGUGUACAGACAGCCGAGCGUUUCCGUCGCCAGUCGCUCUCGCGCUGCGCCCUGCGCUGUCAGCGCUUCCAGCGCUCCACGCUGCGUCCGCUCUCCCUGUGCUCCCGGGGUCUGUCGUCCACGUGCUCCCGGACACGAAGGUGUCUGUACACCGGGUCCAGCCGCAUGUGUCCUUCCGGCUCACCUUCCGUCUGCAGCCGCUCUUGGCCUCUCUGCUCGCCUUGGCGGUGGACGGGGCGGGGACGGCCGAGUCGCCUCAGGCCCCGCUCGUGCAUCUCUUCCCCGCGUUUGUGUGGCGAGGCGCGCGCGAAGUCGCUGCUUCGGCUCCGGACUGUCUCUCGCUGCACGCCGUUGCGCGGAUCGUGGACCUUUUUGCGCCGGCGCUCGCGCAGUCUCUGCACAUCUCGCUCGCGUCUCUCUUCGCGGAGCUUCGGAGUCAGGUCGCGUCGGGCCCCGAGGCCGGCUCCGUCUUCUCGCCCGCCUUCGCCAUCGACGAGCCUCUGGUCCAUUUCGCGGAGGAGCCUGUCAUUCCUUUCCAGAGAUUCGCGUUUUGCGGCAAGCGGCCUGCGUCGGCUGCGCGUCAGUCCUGCGCGGCGGGGGUUGGGCGAUGUGCCUCGGACAGUCCCGCGCCGCCCUUCGCGUCCACCUCUGCCGCGCUGCUGCCAUCUUCGCUCUCGCUGCGGGUCUCUCUGCACGAUGUGCCUGCAGUCCUGGCGUCUCUCGUGUUCAACGAGAGCGAGCGAGAGGGGAAGGACGGAGGAGCAGUGAACGAUGUCCUUCUCCGAGUCGACGGGGUGGACGCCUUCUUCACGCUGCUCAGGAGACAGCUAGCGAGUUCCUGGUGGCGGGAACAGAAGGCGUACAGACAGCGGAAGGGGGCGACUGAGGAGAGGAGUUGCGCGCUGCCAGGCCGCCAGACGCGGGACCGAACCGGACGUCGAUCGGCGUUUUCUUCAGGUGGCGAUGCGAGAGUGGGAGCGAGCGUUUCGCGAGGCAGAGACGGAGAGGAAACGGGCAAGCACGCAUCGACCCUCCCGACUGACGAGUGUACAGACACCCCGUUCGGCGGGUCCCGAGACGUCCCUUCUUCGGUUUCCCGCUUCUUCUCUCUCUUGGGCUUCCUCGACUGGUCCGCGAGCUUCUCGCCCUCGAGCUCCUGUCUCUCCCCGCUCUGCGCGUCGCCGUUCUUUGCGGCUCCCGCCGCCCACGCCCUCUGGAGUUCUUCUCGGCCUGCCGUCGCGAGUGUACAUACACCCCGAUCCUUCCCGCCAAGGGGCGCUUCGCCGUUCGCGGCCUCCGAAACCGCAGGGAACGACGCCUACGACGUGGAGAGCCCCACCGCCAUCGCGCUCAGUCCCGGCCUCGCGAGCGUGCGGACCAACAAGUCCGCCGUUCUGAACUUGGACGUGGUUCCUGUCCGCGGCUCCGAGCGAGAGACCGCCGACGAGGUGCCGGCCUCCGCGAAAAGACUGCGUCUCGUUGCGGCGGCAGGGUGUGCGGCGCAGUUUGCUGAGAAUGCGGAGACGCAGGAGGCGCCUCUCUUGUCCGUUGCGUCCGCAGCUUGGGGUGUCCUCAGCGAAGGCGAGGUUCUCCCUGUGUCGCGCCUCGAGAGGUUAGGUUGUGCGCGGCGACGAGACGGCGAGGGAGGUGGAGAGUCGCUCGUCUCCCUGUCUCGCCGGGCGCCCUCCAGAGAAGACUCCACGCGCGGGGGGCGAACUGAGACGCGUGCGCUGCCGCCGGAAGGCGAAAUCCUCUUCUUCCGUCUGCAGGCUUCUCUCUCGCCGACGGCGGCUGCACCACAGAGAGGAUCCGGAGGGGAACGAGGCGAACGGACGGAGAUCUCGUCAGGUGCGGCGUGGUCCGAUGUGGCUUCUUCGGUGUACGUACAGUCGAGUGGAGGGGUUCAGUGUGCCGUCGGUGACCCGCGCCUGGCGCCGCUGUUUGUGGUCGAGACCGCGCAACUUCCUCUUCUCUCUUUGGACGGCGAGAGCGAGACGACUGGAAGGCCGGUCCGGACGCAGGCUUCGGAAGCCGGAAAAGGGGGACUGACUCAUCCGUGGAUGAGCAGGGGAGACGGCGGCGACGCCUUGCAGCUUGCGCACGCAUGUGCCUUUCAGGAACGACGCCUUCUCUCUGUCAAGUCCGAUUUGCCGCAUCUUCUUCGCCUCGCCCAGGCCGACGCUGCCUCCUCCUCGGCCCCGAGCAGAGAGACCGCGCAGGCAGAGGAAACGGCGGCUUCGUUUCCGUGCGGAUCCGCGAGUCUUUCUUUCGCGUCUUCCGCGCGCAACGCGGCUACGUCCGCCGCUUCUCUCCACACAUUCUUCUUGCCCAUCUCCGUCAGCGUGCGGACGACUCUCGCCUCGCGGCUCCUGGCCUUCCCGCCGGGGCGGCUCGUCGCGCUCACCACGUCAGACGAGCGAGGAGACGCUGCACAGACCUCGUUGCGGCAACGCAUGCGGUAUCUGUUUGAGAAGUCGCGACAGCCGUUCCCUGACUCGCGAGGCGAGGCAGUCCAUUCUCCGUUCGUCCCGAGCGCCUGUCUCGCGCUCUCCUUCCAACCGAAGAUGCACGUCCUGUUCGACGCCCGCGCCAUGCACGUGGCCACGCCCCACGUUCUCUACGUGAAGGAGACGCAGUGGCGGCGGGGCGGAGACGCCGAAGGGCGCAGCGAGGGCCCGACGUCCGAAGAUCUGUUUGAGGCGGCAACCGCGGGGGGAACUGGCGAAGCGAGAAGCCUCGGAGAGACGGAGAGGCCGGAGGAGCCUGAGCGAUCGCGAGGUUCCGCCGCGCUCCGCGUGGCUGACGCGGGCGCGAAGUUGCCGCUCACCGUUUUCGUCUAUCCAGUGCCGCCGCUACCGAGCGAGGAGGCAGCGUCGAACCGAGUGUCUGUCGACGUCAGCGUCUCGUCGGAGGCGUACACCGUGCGCGCGCAGCAACGCGGUUUGCUCCUGGCGAUCCGCGUGGAUGCGGCGCCGGCAGAGGCUCCGAGCGAGACCAGUCGGGGGCAGAAGCGGGUACAGAAAGAAGCCGCGCCCCAGUGGAGUGUAUGGACAGCGCCCGAGUCUGCCCAGCUCACCAUCGAGUCGCGAGAGUGGAAGCAGAUCGUGACGCUGUCGCUGGAGCGCACGACUGCGCGCCUGCACACGACCGAAGAAGAAAAGGGCGAGGAGACGCGGCUUCUGUUCCCCUCGACGUUUUUCUCGUCUUCAGUGUCGAAGCGUUCGGUGCGAAGUGAGGGAGAGAGUUUGGGCGAGACAGGUUCCCGACAGCGAAACGAGCAAGCGAGGACCGAGCGGAAACAGAAAGAAGACGACGGACAAGAUCCAACGCGCUCGAUUGGGGAAUGGCUGAUUGUUCUCACGCUCGUGGGCGUCGGUCUCCUGUUCUUGCUCCAUCAAUUCUGUGAUUUCUUUCGGCGCCGACCCUCCCCGGCGGGGCCGCUGACGCCUCGCAAAGACGCGACAGCCGCGGCCUCCCUCGCCUUUGCGUCGACCUCGUUCGCCUCGUCGCGAUUCGCCCCGGGGAAGUCUGCUCCCUCCAGGACAGCGACGGAAGGCCCCACGCUGCUGAGAGAAAAGGCGAAGCUGCAGGCGGCUCGACAGGCCGAUGCGGAAGCACUCAGUUCUGCGCUCGCAGCUUCGCGGGGCGGCAGAGACGAGGGGCUAGGCGGGAGUGUACGUACACCGCAGCAGAAGCUCCAGAUGCAGCCUGACGGCCAGUGGAAAUGGGUUGGGGAGAGUGGCGGCGAGGAGAGUGUUCCCGAGUCCCUGUGGAGAAACGCAGGCGAUUUUUACGGGCGAAUGAGGAAAAGCUGCAAGUGA